AUUUGGGGCUUUGCGAUUGCCACUCGGUUAGUCGCAAUUUUACGCUCGUGACGAACGCACGCGUUCCUCGGCAUCUCCGAACAACUGCCACUAAAUAGUUAGUAGUGGUUGUCUAAAAAAAAUAUAUAUAAAAAACGAAACCUUACCAUCUAACCAUCUAACAAAAAAAAAAAAACCAAAAAAAUAAAGAAAAGAAAAGAAAACUGAACUUCCGAACGACUUGACUGGGACAACAAGUGCCGAUAGCCCAUUGUCUUACCUUAGUUGCAAGUGUUUCUUGGCAGGUGCAGGUGAAAUUCAGCCCGUGCCGGUUACAUUUCCUAUAUCGGCCUGCCAUUCGACUUCUCGUGUCAAAGCCUCACCGCCCAAAUCGCGCUAAUUGGCCUGAUUUGUCCAACAAAAAAAAAAAAUAUAUAAAUAACAAAAUAAAUAUCAAGUUUCAAUAUUUGCCGCGGACCCGCGAAUUGUCUUGCCUAGAAGUCGGACAGUCUGUCAGUUGUGGAAACCACUAAAAAAAAGAAGAUAUAUAUACUCGAUAUAUAUUUUUCCUUUUUGGCACAAGUCCAUCGCGGAGUGAAGCUUAGAAAGCAGGGAACUCUGCAUAUUUGCAUUUCAAAUUAUUUGCACUUCCAACCCAGGCAGAAAUCUAGGAAAGGUAAAGUUAUGUUCUUAUCUUAAACUAAAUGAUUUAAACCAUUCUCUGACCCAAAGUGCACUCAAAGGCGUCUACAGUAAAGUUUUCGUUUCGUUCCAGCCCGUUUACUCCGCUCGUGCGAUGCAAAAAGUGGCCAACGGAGGAGCACGCAACAAGGAAUCCAUCUAAGCCCAGAGGAGGCACCGAGAAAAAAAGUAAGACAAGGGAACAAGAAUCAGCAAACAGGCAUCAAGGAUGAGUGGCAGCCAUAAAAUGUGGUGCUGUCUAGUAUUUAUCUUAGUUUUAGUUGCACACACAAUCUCCGCGGAAUUGCAUCUCAGCGGUGCCCGGGCCGGAGUUAGUUUCGAGGGACCUCAGCCCGCCCAGAGCCCGGAUGCAGUGCCGCCGAGUGCCCGUCCCAAGCGCCGCAUGUACGCUCUGUGUCCGCCGCAGUUCCAGCGCGUAGGCACCGAUUGCUACUCCCUGGUACCGCAGCGCAGCAGCUGGCUGGAGGCGCACUUCUUCUGCAAGGACAAGAACGCGAAUCUCACUGAGCCGACCAAGCAUGCCGAUCGCAAGCUGCGGCAGUUCCUCCAGAAGCACGAUGGGCUAACCAGAGACCGCGAUCCCAUUUGGUUGGGUGCCACCUACGAUCACCACAACAGCAAAUGGCAAUGGAGCAUGAGCGACCGCAACCUGUCCUUCGAAGCCUUCAACCAAAAGGAUCCCAUCUAUUCGCAACUUAUCUUCAACAGCAACCCCCGGGAGAACAACUGUGCCGUCUACGAUCCGAAUCUCAGAUACCGCUGGUCGGCACGACCCUGCUCGGAUAAGCUGCGCUUCAUCUGCCAGCACAAGAUGCCCAAGGUGAGCGGCCCCAACCGGUACAAGAUCUACAACCGCUGGAACGCAACCUAUCCGAACGAGCAGGCCAACGAGGUCGUCCUGGAGAUCCUUGAACCGCACGAAAACGAUCGCCGAUACCACCGCCGUGUCAAGGCCGAGGGCAGUAACGAGGAGAUGAUCAUCCCCGGCCGCCGCCGCAACAACAACAACCGAAGGAACAACCGCAACCGCCCGGCUCUGCAUCCCAACGACGUGAACUACGAACAGCCCGGACAGAAGCCCCGUAGGAAGCGCCCACGUAUCUCCACUGUGGCGCCUUCGGUGUCACCAUCUCCUCCUUCUAACCUCAGCAACGAUGUGCUCAGCCCCUCGGCCACGCCUCAGCAGAUGACCCAAUACGACAGGAAGUUGCAACGCCAAAGGGAGCGGGAGAGACGCCGCCAACAGCGCAAGCUGGAGCGAAGGAGGCUGCGCCUGGAGGAGAAGCGGCGUCAGGAGCAGGAGCGAGAGAGGGCGUCCCAUGAUGCCCCUCACCCCAGGGGCGAGGUAGAUGAACUGCGUCAGCGCUCUGCGGAGGAGACUGAGAAGCGACACCGGGAGGAAAAGGAAAAGAAGCAAAAGAAGGAGCAGGAGAGGCAUGAGAAACUGAAGAAGGCAGAGCAGGAGAGAAAUAGGCUGCAGGAGGAGGAGAAGCUGCGGAAUGAGGAGCUGCAAGCCCAGAAGCUGCGAGAAGAACAGAAGAAGAUACAAGAGUUCCAGGAGCAGCAAUCCCGGGAGCUGAAGGCCAAGCACGAGCAGGAGCUGCAGGAGCGGGAAUACCAGCAGCAGCAGCGCCAGCGGGAGAUCGACCAACUGAAGCAGCGACAGGAGGAGGCCGAACGCCAAAAAGCCGCCGACGAGGAGGCGGAGAAGCAGCGCCAGGAGCACAUCCAAAAGGUAAGACAACGCGAGGAGGAGGAUCGCCGCCAGCGCGAGGAGGAACGCCGCAAGCAGCGUGAGCAGCAGGAGGAGCAGGACCGCCUGAAUGCCGAGAAGCGACGCGAGGAGGAGCAGCGCCUGCAGAAGGAGUACCAGGAGCGUUUGGAGCAGGCCAAGACGGACAGAGAACGCCAGUUGGCGGAGGCAAGAGAGGCCAAGCGCCGCGAAGAUCUAGAGCUGCAGGAGCAGAUUAAGAAGCAGGAGCAGGAGCGUCAAGAGCAAGUUCGCCGCAAGCUGGAGGAGGAGGAGAAGCGCCGCGAGCUGGAGCAGCUGGAGGAGACCAAGCGCUUCGAGGAGCAGGAGCUGAAGCGGUUGCACGAGGAAAACGCCCGGCGGGAGGAGCAGCAGCGUCAGCGGCAGCGGGAGAUCGAGGAGCGUGAGGCCGUCGAGAAGAAUUUGGCGGCCGAGGAGGAGCGCCUGCGCCAAGAGGUCCUCGAGGAAGAACGGGCGCUGCAGCAGCGCCAGGAGGAGGCAAUCCGUAAGACGGAGGAGGCUCGCAAGGCCAAGGAGGAUCAGGAGCGGGCUGCCGAGGAGGCCAAGGCCGAGGAGCAGAAGCGCCGGGUGGAGAAGGCCAAGCAGCUGGCCGACCAGGAGAAGGCGGCCCAGCAGGAGGAGAAGAAGCGCCUCUACGCCAACCGAAUCGCGGCCCUGAGUCCCGAGGAUCAGAAGAAGUUCUUCGAGAUGCGGAAGCGGCGCAAGCAGCUCAAGGAGCAGAUGCAGCGCGAGAACAACGAGAAGAAGCUCAAGCGGAUACAGCACGCCAUUCGGCUGAGCGAGGCCGAGUAGGUGGCUGCAUCGCCCCACCGCUUCCACUAGCCCCCGGGCCAGUAGUUGUCCCUCUCCACACACACACACCAACCAAUACCAACCGAGACAUAUCGAACGAAUUGGUUCCGCAUACGCACCGUUGCCCAGUCGAUCCUUUUUCGAUGGCUUUGUUUUAGACCGACAGGAAAUACACACAAAAGUAUUAUUUUAGCAGGAGAGAUGUAGGAUGAGGAGAAUAAGAACAUAAGAGAAGGUAUCCUUACAAGCGGAUUCGAAACAAGGACAUUUUCGGUUAAGUGGGAAUCAAAUUUCAAUUGCAUUUGUCGGCGGAGAAUCUUUGAGAGCCCGAGAGAGGGAAAACUUAUCUCCAAGCACUUGGCUAGCUCGAUUAAUACUGUACAGAAAAUACUAUAUAUAUAGGUUAAGGAUAUAAACACACACGUCACACACGCCACACACCCAACAACCAACAAACAACAACCAACACACCGCAAUCAGUCACGCAUGUUUCCUUAAUAAGCCAACUAGAUGUUGGCCAUCAAUUUUAGAGCCAAUAAACUCCACACACGCGAAUCACCGGAAUUUUAAACUCGAGCACAAUGGCCACCACAUAUUAUAUAUAGAGAGAUACGAACCAGGCGGUUAAGAUUAAACGGAAAACUCCUCCAGGACAGAAUCCAACUCCAAACUGCUCCCCCCACUCGUUUGCCCAGAAUUGGCCACGGCGAAGCAAUAAGUUUUGGACAGUGUCGGGUCAGCCGACUUAAGGCCAUUUACUAAAUCGUUUAGGUUACAAACUACUAAUUUACACUAUGUAUGUAAUAACUAAAGUAUGUUUAAAUGUAAAUUUUUAUGUAUUUUUUAAUACCUCAACGCGUAAAGUAAAAAAAUCAUAUAGCUCCCUGAGGCAAAAGCUACUUUCUGGGCUUCGUUGUAGUUCGUUUUAAAUGAGAAACUGAAGGCAGGAAAGGAUGCUAAUGCGAAUGAGAAUGAGAAUGAAAUCGAAAGAAAAGCAAUUUUAUAGCCAAGUAAAUGCAUUUUAAUAGUAAACUAACCAAUUUUAAAUAUUAUUAUUAUACUCCUACUCACAGAGGGAAGUGAAAGUGAAAAGCGAAUAAACGUAUAUAGUCAGUGAGCAAAGAAUCGGACGAGAUGAUAGGGCAGGCUAAACACACAAAACAUAUGAUAAAAUUACCAUAUAAUAUUUAUGCAAGAUUAAAUCUAGUUAAGCAUCAAUCGAUAAACUGAACUAAAGAAUAAAGUUUGAAUAAACACAAAACGAAACAAA